AUGACAACAGCACCGACACCAGCAGGAAUUAAUUCAAACCCGUCGCUGUACGACAACGUGGGAUGUGUCCCUAACGACGCCAUCUUCGCCGCCGGCUUUGACUACGUGGUCUUCAACAAUGACGGCAUGGCCGACACUGUCUGCUCUACAGCCUGUGUUAACCGCGCAUACUUCGCUAUCGCAUACGGUCGUGACUGCUUGUGCAGUGGCACCGCACCAAUCGCCACCAGCGACCAAUUCGCUUGUACAUUCCCCAACGCUGGUGCGAGACUUGAGAUCAGAGGAUCGAACACCGCAAUGAGCGUUUUCAGCAACGCCCCUGCCCAAGUCAUCCUAUCGGGCCCAGGAGGAAGCACCGCCCCUGCAAUUGGCAACUACCUUGGCUGCUGGGCUGCUACUAACAGCGCUGGCCUGCCUUCGUUCGCUUCGGACAUCGACCCUGUCACCGCGAACACUACCACUCAGGGAACCUGUCAAAUCCAAUGUGCGACUUAUAAGUACUUCGCUAUCGGGAACGGCAACACUGGUAACUGUGACAGCAAAGUCGCUUUCGCAGACUUCCAGGAGGGCUCUCAAUACACCCUCGACAACGAUCAGUGCGACCUCAGGGCCGCUGGUAACCCAUUGGAAGCUGGAGGCGCUCAGAACGCGCUCAGCGUCUUCUCAAACCCGGCAUUCUUGGUACAUCCAGAUUUCCUUACUCUGUGCUCAAAGCUGUGCUCUGCAAACGUGGAAACAUACAACCCAGAGUGA